AUGCGCGGCGUCGACGCGCCGACGGUCGAGAAGUCGUACGUCAGCAAGGGCAGAGGCGCCGGCGCCGGCGACGACGCCUCCGCCGACGGCCCCGCGGCGGUGGACGCCGAAGGCCUCCCGCUCGUGUACGACGCCGCGGCGAUCCAGGCGUUCUGGGCGAAGCAAGGCGGCGCGCUGCAGCGACGCUGGGGCGAGUUCCUCUCCCUCUCCGUGCCGUUCCUCACGCGCGUCGCGACGCUCUCCAUCACCGGCGGCGCGGCUGAGCUCAGCAAGAACGAAGCGUCGCUCGCGAGAGACGCGCGCGUCAUCAUCGAAAAACUCGGGCCCACGUACAUCAAAGCCGGACAGAUGAUGUCCGUGCGACCGGACGUCCUGCCGCAGGCGGCGCUGGACGAGCUCGCGAUCCUUCAGGACGCGGUCAAGCCGUUCGCGACGACGACCGCGAUCGAGACGAUCGAGGCGGAGCUGGGGGGGGCGCUGGGGGAGUUUUUCGACGAGAUCUCCGAGGCGCCCGUCGCCGCCGCGUCGCUCGCGCAGGUGUACCGCGCCAAGCUCGCGGGCACGGACACGUACGUCGCCGUCAAGGUCCAACGACCGGAGAUUCUCUCCACGGUGAGCAAGGACCUGUACGUGCUGCGCCGCGCCGCGGAGGUGUACCAAGGCCUCAUCGAACGCUUCGCGCCGCAACAGCGCACGGAUUACUUGGACUUUCUCAACGAGGCGGAUAACCAACAGCGCCUGCGCGACCUCAUUGCGGCGGAGAAGGUGCAGGGCGUGUACGUCCCCGAGGUCUACCACGAGAUGUGCACGCGCCGGGUGCUCGUGUCCGAGUGGAUCGACGGGACGAAGCUGAGCGACUGCCCGAAGGAUGAGAUUCGCGAGCUCAUCGGCGUCGGACAAGAGUGUUUCCUCGUGCAGCUGCUUCAGGUUGGGUUCUUUCACAGCGACCCGCACCCGGGGAAUUUGAUGAAGAUGGCGUCGAGGGAGGACCCGAGCAAAAACACGCUCGUGAUCUUAGACUUUGGCUUGAUGGCGUCGAUCGAGCAGAGCGACAUGGACACGAUGGUGUCGUCGAUCAUCCACCUCGCGAACAAGGAUUACCCCGCGCUCGUGGACGACUUCAUCGACUUGAAAAUCUUACCUGACGACUGCGACCGCGCCAAGGUGAUUCCGCUGAUGGACAAAGCGCUGUCGCCGUACUCCACCGCGGGCGGGUUCCAGGCGAUGACGCAGGACCUCCUCACGGUGUUGAACGACAUUCCGUUCUCCAUCCCUCCGUAUUUCGCCCUCCUCGGCCGCGCCGUCGUCACCCUAGAAGGCAUCGCGCUCAUCGGGAACCCGGACUACAGGCUCGUCAUGGAAGCCUACCCUUUCGUCGCGCGAAAGCUCCUCCGCGAAGAUCGACCCGCCGCGCAGCGCGCGCUCCAGGAGGUGCUCUACGCCUCCACCGUCGGCGGCGGGAACAUCCUCCAAGGACAGCGCCUCGCCGUGAUGCUCAACAGCGCGAUGGGCGUCGUCGCGAGAGACCAGAGCGAGGGCGCGUUCGUGGACCUCGACACGAUCCCGGAGGACUCCAUCUCGCUCGAGACGGGGGUGCGAUACCUCCUCUCCGAACGCGCGGAGUCGCUGCGGAAGGUGUUGGAGCGCGAGGCGAUCGGCGCCGCGGACGUCUUGUUGCGGCAGGGUGCGCGAAAGUCCGGGGGGCGGAUCAUCGCCGCGUUGCCGCAGCCGCCGUCGCUGCCGUUCGACCUGCCGUUCGUCGGGAAGCUGCCGAAACCUGAGGACCUCCCCGGGCCGAUUUUGGUUCCGAGGAGCGCCGCGUCGGGGCUGCCGCCGACGCCGGCGCUCGCUAGCCCGAACGAAGUCCUCGACGCGAUCGCGCCGAGGCUCACGCGAGAGGAGGAGCUCUUCGCGAUCUCGCUGACGGACCUCGCGCGCGGGAGCCUCGGCGACGACGCCGCGGUCGUCCUCUCGGGGGACGCGCUGCUGGAGCCAGAGGCGGUCGCGUCGCUUCUUCUCGGGGUGUUGGCGACCGGACGCACGCCCGUCGGGGAUUCGCCGCAACUCGCCGCGUUGGCGAAGAGCGUCCGGGAGCGACUGCUUCCCGCCGCGAACGCCGCAGACGCGGACGCUGACGUGGCAAACGCGGCUAGCGGCGCGAACGACGGGUUCGAGGAGCUCUCCGCCGCGGUGCGAGAUCUCACGCCGGAGGAGAGCGCGGUGUUGAGCGCGACCGCGCAGAGCGUCGCGGACGCGCUGUGGGCAAAGCUCGUGGCGAGGAUGGAAGAGGGGUUACUGUCGCCGGAGCAACGGGGCGCGGGCGCGAGCGGUCGGUCGACGACGGUCGAAGGCGGCGGGGGCGGCGUCGCGGCGAACGCGGCGAACGGGUCGACGAUCAGGGGGGGCGUCGAGGUCGCGGGCGAGGCGGUGAAGACCCCUCUUGAGCCGGUCGUCGCGAUGGCGCGGUGACGAGAGACCGGUUCGAGAGACCGGUUCGAGAGACCGGUUCUCUCACGGCCGGGAAGUACUGUACUUCCGGAAGUGCUUCUUUGUACUCGUACCUGUAACGCUCGCGCUUGAAUUAAUAAUGCAAUUCCAUUCAUC